GAGCCCCGGCCCGUUCGACCGCUCCGCAUCCUCCCUUCCGCGCAGGCAGUUGGGCUUCGCCUCAUCGACGGCGUGGGCGCGCGCCAUCCCCGGCGUCGUCGUCGUUUCAAGGCCGGAAAUGCCGCAGUACAAGCUGGUCGACUACAAGGUUCCCUCGUCUGGCCGCCUCGCGGCGCUGCUGUUCACCUACGCCGGCGUCGAGUUCGAGUACGUCACCUACGAAAAGUCCAAGGCGGCCGAGGCGGAAGCCGACGCACCCUUCGGCUCCCUGCCCGUGCUGUACGCGGACGGCGAGAUGUUGGGCGCGGACUACGCCAUCUGCGUCUACAUCGCCAGGCAGUACGGUCUCGAAGGCAAGGACGCCCGGGAGGCUACCAAGUGCGCCACCAUCGUCACGGGCAUCGCCUCCCUCUUCUCCAGCGUGCGUCACGCCAAGCCGCAGAGACUAGCUCCGGAGGAAGACAAACUCGCCGAAGCGAAGGACUUGCGAGAGAAGGUGCCCAGAUACCUGCGGUACUUCGAGAAGCUCCUCAAGGACAACGGUACCGAGUACUUCGUCGGCAACCAGCUGACGUGGGCCGACCUGGCGGUGACGUUCUCGUGCGUGCAGCUGCUGCAGCGCUUCCACGGGGCCCUGGACAGCCACGCGCAUCUGAAGGCGCACUACGAGCGUGUCACCACCCUGCCCGUGGUGCAGGCCUUCCUUGACCAGCAACAGUCGGCAGCAUAAGGAACCAGCGGGGCGCACUAUAAUUGUAUAACCACAUAUCCGUGCGCGGUGCUGCGCGCGAGCAGGUGGAUUACUAGAAAGAACCGACAGGAAGGCACGAAAUACGAGAUUAUAGGAUUAUGCUUGGGUAAAAAUAGUCGGACCAGGAAGGACACCAGGAUGAAAGAAGUUUUCACUUUUCACAACCUGUACUGACAGCCGUCGCUGCUGCUGAUGAGCGCAUGUAACGUCGUGGUUUCGACACCCAGCUACGACUACCGUAUUUGUACGCACACCCGCAGUGGAGGAAUGCGAAAAUUUACACUUGUCCGACAUUUCGGGACACGCUAAAGAUGCCUCGGAUAGCGAGAUAAUUUUCAGAGCUCUCCACUGUGCCCACAACCGAAAUGUAACACAUGUGUACAUUAAAGAGCGACGGCCAAUUACAACUGAUCACGUGGUGUUAGACGUUAUAGCUGGCGUUUGUACGGUACUCCUCAGGUUUAACGUGGAAUUGCGCAACGGCGAGGACUUAGGCAAUAAAUGACGUUUCGCAAAAGACGCGAGAAAGAAAAGAAAACAGACGUGAGCAGGAUCGACAAACGUACAUCCUCUGUCAGACUUAAACCCGAACAGUGAAGACACAAAUAGCGGCUGUGGGGCCAAGAUCUAAUGCUUUGGAAUGAAGCUGCACUAAGCUAGAGCCACUCAAGGCAACCCAACCAGAAAUAUCCGGCAUCCUCCGCUAGAGAAGCAAGAAGGUGUUUGUAUGUAGUGCUCGGGUCAAGUAUGACGAUGACUGUAUAUGUCUCGUCAGCCCUCGGAGAACGUUCUGUUUGUGUCUACUGACACGUAUUAAUUUGCUUGCUGAUUCUUGUGAUUGCGUUGUGACAAACGUGUGGUCGGAAGCUGGAGUGCGAUGAGAGUGGUUUCAGCGCUCUCAUUGUGAUUCUGAGCACUGCAUGCUAUAGUGCGGAUGCUUGGUCAGGCAGCGCAAUGGUGGACAGGUGACCACUCGCCGUUUCGUACACGUAUAGCCAUAUAUACCCAUAUUCGCGUCUGCCAAGCACUUCUGGCGCCAGCCCACCGUGAACAAUGUAGCUUGGUAACAAUUAGCAGUCUCAAAUUAAGACGAGCCACAACUGUAGCCGUCGGCCCAAUCCCAAUGCUCUUGCAGUUCCGCGCCGACUCCUCAUAAGUAAACUGUUAAGGAAAUGCACAGCUAUAAGGUCAUCACUGAUAUUCAUCUUGCAACCAGAUUCAACGAGUGCAAAAGAGCUUUGCACUUUGACACGGAAGGCAUGUGGACACAGGAAGAGAGAUUGCUGGUGUGACAAUUGCCUAUAAACACACCCGCAACGACGCUUCUGCGCUCUCGAGUAAAAUGGAAUAGCCGAAACAGGGUCACUUCCUGCUUAGCUAUCGGGAUUCGAUGUUCCAGUUAGCCCUAUACCUGAACACAGAUCUUGACGACCCAUCGGGCCCUAUAUCCUACCCUUUGCGCAGUCGUGCACUUAAUGUGAUCGGAAGUACGAAUAGAUGUAUAAUCAAGUUGCUCAACGCUACUACUUGAGCGUGCCCUGCGGAGGUGUCGCACGGUUCGGUGGUCAAAUCAGCGUUGCCUUCUCACGCCUUUGAGCACUCUGUCGAACAGCUUCCGCCGCUCCCGAUUGCUCCGGGGUGUGCUGUCCCUGCGAUAAACAAAAUGAAUUGACGUCAAACAAAGGGGUUGCUCAUGAAAUGUUUUUAAGACGCUCCUCUUGCCUGAUGUGACCGCACCACGUGAAAUCUUCUAGGUAGUGAGAUUGUUCUCGAUUUACCCACAUGUUUCGAACAAUCCUGAUAUAUUCUUUAAGUCGAGUUGAGCUGCUUUCUCGCCAAGCAGCUAGUCGCUGGAAAAUGCAAACUCUGCUUUUCCGCUUAUGACAAAUUGAACGGUGAUGGUAUGCUGCAACGCGUUUCACAUUGACGUAUACCUUUGUAUUUACGUCCGUGUGCAAAUGUAAUAGACCCUGCUUCCUUUGGUUUUGACCCCCGUUUUUGCAUCAGCUAGCAAAGAUGUCGUUGUUUCUAGUUGAGGAUGUUCUUUAGGCAUACGAGUGCAACUUAAUGAGAAUGAGCGGUAACUGUUUCGUCUGGUGAUGCCCAAUCGUGGUUUGAAAAAUGUGGGAGGUGAUAGGAUGCGCCUUCGAGUGCGAAAUCGCUAUUUUUACCUACCACAGUGUACAAUGCGCGCAGGUCGCAGACUUUCAGAAAAUAGUGAGUGUUACUUGCUGGCGCUCUUCACUUUUUUCUGUUGUUCAUUUAGUCUCGAACAAGGACCUUUAUAAUCACUGGCGUCGAAGCCGUCCCGCGACAGUUGAAGAGAGCGGCAACAACCGUGCA